AUGAUUUUCACAUAAUGCGUACACGGUCACACAGUGCGCACGUUUUGUACUGAAAACAAAUGAAGAAAAAAUUAAAAACAAUGUCCGAAGCGCAGCCCAUUGAAUUGGAUAGCGAUGAGGACAUGGUAGUAGAUACAGCCGAAGUGAACGGCACCAAAGCUAAAGAUGUGGAGGAGCCAGUUUCCGUUGUACACAACACAGAAGACAAUGAAGAGGAAGAUAACGACGAAAUGGAUUUGGCCAAUUUCAAUGCUGGAGCUAAACAAACCGCCAAAACCAAGAAGCGUAAAAAGGGAAUCAUUUAUAUCUCGAAUAUACCAAAGCACAUGAAUGUGACACGUCUACGUGAGAUACUCGGUGAAUUCGGCAAGAUCGGACGCGUCUAUUUACAGCCGGAAAAGAAGCUAGGCGAUAAGGCAAAAAAGAACAAGCGUAAGAAAUACAAUAUUCACUUCACCGAAGGCUGGGUGGAGUUCGAGUCAAAACGUGUGGCCAAGCAGAUUGUGCCGCUGCUGAACAACAAGCAAAUCUCGACUCGAAAGAAGUCGCAGUUCUUCGACUCGCUGUGGAGCAUGAAAUAUUUGCCUCGCUUCAAGUGGGUGCACCUGACCGAGCGGAUGAACUAUGAGCAGGCCGUCCAUAAGCAGCGACUGCAGACGGAAGUGUCGCAGGCCCGCAAGGAGACCACCUUCUUCCAGAACAAUCUGGACAAGAGCGAGCAUAUCAAAAAGUUGGCUAAAAAAGCUAAAAAGUCAGCCAACAUUGCUAAGGCGAAAGCGUAGUAGCAGGAUUUUUAUGCUAUAUACAGAUAAUAUAUAUAUAGAAAUGUAUAUAUAUAUAUUUUUUUUUUAUUAGAAAUAAGCGUAUUUUGGCGCUAACUGCGCUGUUUAUAUGUAAAAGUGCUCUUAUUGCGUUUGAUAAGCUCAGUCUUGCGUCGGCCACUCAUUUUGCGCAUGCGUUCUGUUAAUUUAACGUUAAAUGCGCCUUGUUUUUAAAAAGCUUUCUAUCUAAAUUACUUUAAAAAGAAAUAAUAUAAACAAUUUUGUAUAUUAAAAGCUAAUUUUUUUAUUAUACCACACUA